GCAUGUCAUUCCGAUUAUUUCAUAUUUGAAUAAUCGAUCGGUCUGUGUGAAAAUAAAUACUGAGUCGUCUGAGCCUAGUACUAUUUCAGGUUUAAGAAGAUUAGUUAUUAAUUAACUUUGUCUAAAACAAUAUAUUAUUACUAAUAUAAGUGAUGACUUCUGAAAGUGAAAAUGAUAUUAUACAGUAUGUACCAUUUAUGUCGUUUGUGCACCCAUCGUUUUGGCAUACCCUCACAGAAAUAAAACUGGAUGUUGACAAAUUAUGUGAUAGCACCAAGACUAUUUACGGUCGCUACACAUACAGAGAGGAUUUGGCCGCCGUUUUUGAAGUGGAUGGGACAUCGUUCAACAGCUCUCCACAAACUGAAAAGUAUUAUGAAGAUGUAACUGGAAUUAUAAUGAAUAAAAACACUGUAGAAGAUUUCAAGAAUAUUGAUAAGGCUGCAUUACUGAAUACAGUUGGUAAAAAUAUAUGGACAAAUAUACAGAAGAAGACAUGGAUUGAAAAUCCUAAUUCUUUAUUGAACUUUCUUCUGAUUUCAUUUGCUGAUCUCAAGAAAUACCAUUACUACUAUUGGUUUGCAUUCCCCACUCCAAGUCAACCUACUGUGGUUUUAACUGAAAAGCCAAGAUUAAUAUCAACUCAAUUCCACAUUGAUUACCUUGAAUUACUAGUUGAAGGCUACCAAGCCUUAAAACCAAGCCAAAGAUCAUUCUUUAUAGUUUUCAAAAAAGAUGAAAAUUUGACGGUUCUUCCAUUGUCAAAAAUUAUAAAAUCAAGUGAUUUAAGCAUUGACUUAGUAUGUUCACCACAUUUUUAUUUUGCAUUUGCUGAUUCAAGUAACACCAAUAAUCCAGGAUGGCCUUUGAGACUCUUCAUGGCAGCUUUGAUUGAUCACUUUCCAAGUCUUUUGGGAAAAAAUAUUCAAGUCAUUGGCUUUAGAUGCAAUGCUAACUUUGAAAUAGGAAAAAGUCUUAUUUACUCUAUUUAUAUUCCACAGGAUGUGCAGUCAGCAGAAAGCGCUGGUUGGGUUGGAUGGGAGAGAAAUGAUAAAGGAAAUUUUGGUCCCAAGCUAGCCAACAUGGCAGCUUCUAUGGACCCAGUGAUUUUAGCAGAUGCAUCCUCAGAUCUGAACAUUAAACUGAUGAAGUGGCGGUUGGUACCUGAUAUAGACGUGGAGGUGAUGAAGAACACUACAUGUUUAUUGUUUGGAGCUGGUACUCUCGGGUGCCAUGUGGCUCGUGAUCUCUUGGCUUGGGGAUUUCGUCAUAUAACAUUCAUUGAUAACGGAAAAGUGUCAUUUUCAAAUCCAACGCGUCAAGUACUUUUUAACUAUCAGGACUGUUUACAUGGAGGACGUAUGAAAGCCGAGGCGGCUGCUGAUAGUCUGAAACAUAUACUACCUACUGUGACCACCAAGGGUGUAGCACUUCAUGUACCGAUGCCUGGUCAUCCAAUCGGAGAAUCUCUUAAGGCUGAAACUAUAUCGGACAUCAACAUUAUUGGUGAAGAAAUUGUAGAUCACGAUGUGAUAUUUUUGUUAUUGGAUACGAGGGAAGCGCGAUGGUUGCCUACACUCUUGGCAACAUAUUAUGGAAAGACAGUAAUCAAUGCAGCGUUGGGUUUCGACAGUUACUUGGUAAUGAGGCAUGGUGUAGGCGGUGUGGCGCCAUCAGAGGGCACUUCAUCCAUGAACACCACUCAUAUUGCAGGAGGACAACUAGGAUGCUAUUUUUGUAACGACGUCACCGCGCCAGGGAAUUCCCUUAAAGAUCGUACACUUGACCAACAAUGCACCGUAACUCGGCCGGGCGUGGCGGCCAUAGCAGGGGCGCUUGCUGUAGAAAUGUUAGUUGGAUUGCUUCAGCACCCUCAGAAAGUAGAAGCACCAGCGGUAUACAACUUGAAUCAAGAAAACGAUACGAAUACAUCAUCGCAAGGUGUUCUCGGCCCGGUACCGCAUUCUAUCAGAGGUUUCCUCCAUUCACAUCAAACAGUAUUGCCAACAUGCGCAAAGUUUAAACAAUGCAUAGCCUGCUCCGAUGUAGUUGUGAGCAAGUAUAAACAAGGUGGAAUUGAAUUCUUAUUCAACGUAUUCAAUAGUGGGCGCUAUUUGGAAGAAGUGACCGGAUUAACGGAGUUACAUAUGACUGCGGAAAUGACUGAAAUAUUAACUUUAUCUGAUAAUGAAGAUGAUGAAUAAAAUGGAACAUAACCAAAUACUACACAUAUAUUAUCUGACUUCCAUUGCAAUAUUGCAGCUUUUUAUAUUAUUGUAGCUUUUAAAAUUGUGGUCAUAUACAUGAAAAAAUGGCUUUAUAUGUUGUGAUAUUACUUAUUUAUAAACAUAUUGCAUUUAUAUGUUAUUUAUGAAUUAAUAUAAUCAUAUCUAAAUAAAGACUUCA